AUGAUGGUGAACUAUUCAUUGCCGAGAAUAAUCACUUCGAAGACUACUGUCAAGUGGGCGAAAUUCUUGAUUGCAGCAAUAGUUUUAAUACACGUAACGUAUUUUUCCAUAUAUAAUUUUACGGAAUACAAGAUUGAAGAUAUUAGCAAAGUAUAUUCGUCUUAUACAUCGGGUGAUGAUUCUAAUCAACCACAACAGCCAAUAAAUAACCUUGCUGAAGACAGCAAUGGUAUGACAUUACAGAGAAAAAUUAAGAAGAAAUUUGCACAGAUUGAAAAGGAUAAGAAUAGAUUCUGGUUGGCACAGACUGGGUUAACGGAAACGGAGCUAGAUGUCUCUAUCAAGCCAUUUUUAUCUACUUACGAUGACGAAAAUUCAUGGAAGAACAAAAACGAACUAUUCUAUGACCCAAGGUUUACGUUAUCCAUUUACCUUAAUGAAAUCAAGCAGCAGGCGUUGAGUCAAAGUGGCACUGCCUCUACGGAUUCGUAUGGCAAAAUUGACUUUAAGACAGUCAAACCUAUCACGUUACCGUUUAGCUGGGCAGAUUGGAUGGAUUUGAGAAGACUAAAUGAUGAAUUAAACAAACCAAUGAAUGAGCGAAUUACUUGCCAAUAUAUUAAGGAUCGUACUAAUAAUAACCCAGAUACUUCUUACUUUUGCUUGGAGAAUGAGAAGUUAACUGACGAAAAAGUUAAAGAAUUGGGUUUUAAGCAUAGAGAGCAGUUGCCAGGAUUCCUUAUCCAUGGACAUUCGAGUCACGAUGAUCGUCCAUAUAACGAUAUUAGAGUGUUGGAAUCAAAGGCAUAUGCUUUAACGCAUUUACCAAAGCCUAAUAGAGUUAUUUUGUUGAACGGUGAUGCGAAAGGUGGUACAUUUGAAUUCAUGGUUGAUCAAUCUGAUAAUCUGAGAUUAGCAACAUCAAAUAUGGUUACGAAUUAUUUGAAAAGUAACAAUAUAAACCCCGAAAAGGUUGAAGAUGAUACUGUGCUUAAAUUUGACCAUACUGAGGAAUUAAAGGGUUUAUUAGAAAAGGUUACUCCUAAGUAUUUGCCAGACGAAGAAGAUAAACAUCAUAUGUACAAAAUUUUAAGAAGGCAAAAGAAUCCCAAAGCUUCAAGAGAAAUGGUUUUGACCAAAGAAAUGUUUCACUAUCCACCAGCGAUGAUUUCACUGCAGAUUAAUUUUUACGAAAAGAAGAGUGAUAUCCCAUUAGCUGAUAUUACUAGACAAGAAAGAAUGUACUACGAUGGCUUAAAGGAUUGCGCAAAUUAUAAUGAUGAUAAUGAACCAACGUAUUUCAAGAUGGCCACUAUUAGAAUUGAUGAUGACAAAAAUCGUGAUCAUGAAUGGGGAUGGCACUAUGAUUGGAGAUUCUUCAAUGGUGCAUUAAAUUAUAAAAGAAACGGGUGGUCUAAAUCUGAAUUGAUUAUCAGGACAAAUAUCAUUUUAGACAGGUUGUUGAGAAAUUGGAAUAGGUUUGCUGAAGAAAAAGGUAUCAUUACCUGGAUUAUGCAUGGUCCUUUACUUUCUUGGUAUUGGGAUGGCUUAAUGUUUCCCUUCGAUGUUGAUAUUGAUAUACAGAUGCCAAUGAUGGAAUUAGCAAGAUUAGCUAAGGACUAUAAUCAAACUUUAGUUCUUGAAGACCCUAAAGAAGGUUAUGGCAAAUAUUUAAUUGAUGUCGGUACCUAUAUUCACAACAGAGGCAUUUCGAAACAGUCAAAUCAUAUUGAUGCAAGAUUCGUUGAUAUUGAUUCUGGAAUUUAUAUUGAUAUUACAGGUUUGAGUAAAUCGAAAGCCAAUACACCAGAGGAGUAUGUCAAUAAUGAGUUAGUUAAUAUUGAUAAGGGGUUUCACGACGAGCAAGUAGAAAUCUAUAACGAUCGUCGUAAGCACUUCUACAAAUUAGAACAAUUAUCACCUUUGAAAUACUCCAUGAUGGGUGGGGUCCCUGUCUACAUACCACUGACCAUAACUGAUAGAUUAAUUUUUGAGUAUUCGAAGGGUUUGUCGUCGUACGAGUUCAAUGAUUGGUAUUUUGUCCACAAAAUCAACCUAUGGUUGAGAAAAGAACAAAUUGCUGAUGUCUUCGACGAAACCGAGAUCCGUAACAACGAGGGAAACAUAGAUAAGGACAAACUAUUACUAAGAAUCUCCAAAAUGACAGAUGCUCAAGUAUUGAGAUUAUUGGAAGACGAUCUUAUUUUGGUUGAAUACUACUUAACUAAGCAAUACACCGAUAUACAUGCGCGAGAAAGAAAGUAUUUAUUUGACCAUCUCGGAAGAGAUAAUACAGCAUUAAAGGGCGAUAAAAGAUCAAAACAAGAGUAUAAUAAAUUAACCUCAACAUUUAAAAUGAAAAAGCCCUUGAGAAAGGCCCUAUUCGAUUUCGAAAAUAUAGAGAGAUUGAAGCAUCAUAUAGCUGACACCGACUAA